UUCUUCUUCUCCGUACAGCUAUCAGAAUGGCAGAGACACUCAACCUUCCAAAAACUACAGAUGACUGGACAAAAGAGGAUGUAAACCUGUGGUUAAAAAGUCAUAAGAUUGACCAAAAGCACAGGGAAAUCUUGAUGGCACAAGAUGUGAGCGGAGCAGUCUUAAAGUUCUUAAACAAAAAGCAUCUUGUUGAAAUGGGCAUAACCCAUGGGCCAGCUAUCCAAAUAGAAGAGCUAUUCAAAAAAUUGCAGAAAACAUCCUCAAAACAUCUUACUCAGACAACUAAGACGACAAAAGACAGUAAAAAUAUUCCUAAAACCCAGACAGAAGGUAGAGAAACAUCAAAGCAAAGUCAAAGGGGUGAAGAGAACUCACCUAAGGCUGGUGCCUCUGCAGUGAGUCCAAAGGCUCAAGGUUCUAAAUCAGAAAACAGUGAGUUGAUGGGAGAUAAAACAGAGCUACAAGAUAAGCAGUCAUCUCCAGGACCAACAUGCACUCCAUACCCUUUCAAUGAAUUCAGCAAUCCAUAUCGUUACAAGUUACACUUCAUCCUACAGCCCGAAACAGGGCCGCUCAAUCUUAUUGACCCAGUACAUGAAUUCAAAGCCUUGACAAACACAGACACUGCCACAGAAGAGGACAUUAAGAUGAAAUUUAGCAAUGAGACUUUCCGAUUUGCUUCAGCUUGUAUGAACACACGUACUAAUGGCACUAUUCAUUUUGGAGUCCAAGACAAACCCCAAGGAAAAAUUGUUGGCGUGGAACUCAUCAGGGUCACUAAAGAUGCCCUAAUCGACCACUUCAAUGUGAUGAUAAGCCAGUAUUUUGAGGUCCAUCAGGUCCAACAAGCAAAGAAGUGCAUCCGAGAGCCAAGAUUUGUGGAAGUUUUACUGCCAAGCAGUGCUCCAUCCAACAGAUUUGUCAUCGAGGUAGAUGUCAUCCCACUGCACUCAGAAUGCAGAGAAGACUACUUCCAGAUCAGAAUGCAACAUCGUAAGAACCAAAUGUGGCAACGAAGUUCAAACUCCUCAGUGUUUGUGCGAGACGGACCCAAAAGUAAGGACAUCAUAGGGAGUAAAGCUGAUUUUAAAACCUUUAAGUUAGACUUAAAAGCAAUGGCAGACUCUAGGAAAGAAGCAGAAAAUAAAUGCAAAGUAAAACCAAGCGGCAGCAGCAGUGAGGGACAAAAGCUGGUUGACCUGUUGACGGGAAAUAAAGACCUGUUAGAUAACUCAUACUACGAGUGGUACGUCCUUGUGACCAAUAAAUGCCAUCCAGAUCAAACCAAACACUUAGACUUCCUGAAGGAAAUUAAGUGGUUUGCCGUGUUGGAGUUCGACCCCGAGUCUGAGAGCAAUGGUGUAGUCAAGGCUUUCAAAGGAAGCCGAGUAGCAAACCUCCACUUUCCAAGCCAAUUUAUAGAAGAAAAAUCCACCUUAAAUGAGAAGAUUUCCAGUCUGAAUCUUUACCAACAACCUAGUUGGGUUUUCUGCAACGGCAGGUUAGACCUGGAGAGUGACAAAUAUAAGCCCUUAGAUCCAAUUUCCUGGCAAAGAGAACGAGCUUCUGAAGUUAGGAAGCUCAUUUCCUUUCUCACGCGUGAUGACAUCAUGCCAAGAGGGAGGGUGUUGGUGGUGUUUUUGUUACUGUCCUCUGUGGAUGACCCAAGGGACCCCCUUAUUGAGACUUUCUGUGCUUUCUAUCAAGAUAUGAAAGGAAUGGAAAAUAUAUUGUGUAUCUGUGUAUACCCACAGAUAUAUCAGGUAUGGAAAGACCUACUUGAAGCAAGACUAUCAAGACAGCAAAAUGAAUUUUCAAGCCAAAGCAUUUCUACUUUAAAUCUUGCAGAGAUAAAUGGCACUAUUCUUAAAUUAAAAUCUUUAAUGCAGUCUUCAAAGCGAUUCUUGCCAUCUGUUUGCUCAUCUACUGUGCUCCUGAAAAAGGAAGAAGAAAUCAUGACUGCCUUGGAAAUUCUCUGUGAAAACGAAUGUGAAGGCACACUCUUGGAGAAAGACAAAGAGAAAUUACUUGAAUUCAAGACGUCCAAAGAGGAAGAUUUCUACAGGGGCGGCAAAGUGUCCUGGUGGAACUUCUACUUUUCUUCUGAAAACUAUUCUUCAUCAUUUGUCAAAAGGGAUAAGUAUGCAAAACUUGAAAAAAAAAUUCAAGAAUGGGCAGAUUCUUCUCAACCAGUGUGUGCAAAAAUUAUUCAUCUGUAUCAUCAUCCAGGCUGUGGGGGCACUACUUUGGCGAUGCAUGUUCUCUGGGAGCUAAGAAAGAAAUUCAGAUGUGCUGUGCUGAAAAAUAAGACGGAGGAUUUUUCAGAAAUUGGAGAACAGGUAACGAAUUUGAUCACCUAUGGGACAACAAACCAUCAAGAGUACUUACCUGUGCUGCUCCUGGUUGAUGAUUUUGAAGAGCAGGACAACGUUUACCUUCUUCAAGCCUCUAUCCAAACAGCUGUUGCUAACAAACACAUUAGAUAUGAGAAGCCUCUAGUGAUCAUUCUAAAUUGUACAAGGUCACAAAAUCCUGAGAAAAGUGCAAAGAACCAAGACAGUGUUGCCUUAGUACACCAACUGUCUGUCAAAGAGCAGAGAGCAUUUGAGCUUAAAUUGACAGAAAUCAAAGAACAGCAUGAAAACUUUGAAGAUUUUUAUUCUUUUAUGAUCAUGAAAAACAACUUCAACAAAGAGUACAUAGUAAAUGUGGUCAGGAACAUUCUGAAAGGGCAAAAUGUCACCACCAAAGAGGCAAAGCUCUUUGCUUUCCUGGCUCUCCUUAAUGCAUAUGUACCUGACACGACCAUUUCCCUCUCACAGUGUGAAGAUUUCUUAGGAAUCUCCAACAAGAAGGCUUUCUGGGGACCAGAGAAGUUUGAAGACAAGAUGGGGACCUACUCUACAAUACUAAUCAAGGAAGAGGUGAUAGAAUGUGGUAGCUACUGUGGAGUGCGCACCAUUCACCAUUUGAUUGCCCUUCUGUCACUGGAAGAACUGAAGAGGAGCUACAACCUGAACAAAAGUAAAAUUGUGAUGGAUAUGUUAACAGAAAAUUUGUUCUAUGACACUGGCAUAGGAAAAAGCAAAUUUUUCCAAGACAUGCAAACACUGUUGCUCACAAGACAGCGCAAUGAACAUGAAGGUGAGACAGGAAACUGGUUCUCCCCAUUCAUUGAAGCAUUACAUAAAGAAGAAGGAAGUGACGCCGUUAAGGCUGUAUUGCUUAAAGCCACCCGGAGGUUCAACCCCAAUGCAUUCAUUUGCCAAGCUUUGGCAAGACAUUUCUACCUUAUAGAGAAGGACUUUAAAAAUGCUCUAAUUUGGGCAAAACAAGCAAGAAAGAUAGAGCCUGAUAAUUCUUACAUCUCAGACACAUUAGGUCAAGUCUACAAAAAUAAGAUAAGAUGGUGGCUAGAGGAUAAUACAAGAAACGGGGCGAUCUCAGCUAAUGAGCUAACUGAACUGUUAGACUUAGCGGUGCAGGCAUCAGAUGCUUUCAAAGAAUCUCAACAGCAAACUGAAGACAGGGAAUAUGAAGGGAUGGAAAGGCUGUAUCAGAAGUCAAAGAGGAGGUACGAGACUUACAACAUAGCUGGUUACCAAGGAGAGUUAGAAGUGGGGUUGUUAGCCAUCCAGAUCCUCCAGCUCCUUCCCUUUUUCGACAACAAAAAUGAACUCUCUAAACGAGAUAUGAUCAACUUUAUAUCAGGGAAUUGUGAUAUCCCAGGGGAUCUAAAUGAAUUUAAGUCAGCACUCAAGAGUUUUAUUCCUUAUCUAACUAACCUGCGUUCCUCUUUGAAGAGGUGCUUUGAUUUUUUUGAUGAUUACUUUGUCCUUCUAAAACCCAGAAACAAUAUAAAGCAAUAUGAAGAGGCUAAAAAUCGAAAAAAGGUGGCUGGGCACUUUAAGAAGUAUGUAGGCAUAUUUGGUCCCUUGGAAGAAUUACAAAAUCAAAAUUUUGGAUCGAAGCUCAGUCUACCACUUCAAGUGGAAAGGACUCGGAGAUGCCUAGAAGCUUUAAAGGCAGACAAGUUUUCUGGACUCUUAGAAUAUCUUAUCAAAAGUCCAAAAGAUGCUGUAGGCCCCAUCGAAGACAUCGUGAACAAAUACACUUUUCUUCUUGAGCAGUGUGCUAUCAAAACCCAACAAAAGGAAAAGCAAAAUUCCAUCCUAGCUAGCAUCAUCCUCUCUUGUAUUAACCCUACCUCCAAAUCGGUGAAGCCAAUUAAAAAACUGAAAGAGCAGCUUCGAGAGAUCCUGCACUCAAUCGGGCUGACUUACCAAUUUUCAGAACCUUAUUUCCUAGCUUCUCUUCUAUUCUGGCCAGAAAACCAACAACUAGAUCAAGAUUCUAAACAAAUGGAAAAGUAUGCUCGCUCACUGGAAAAUUCCUUCAGGGGGCAAUAUAAACGCAUGUAUCGCACAAAGCAGCCAAUUGCAUAUUUCUUUCUUGGAAAAGGUAACAAUAGGAACAGGCUUAUCCACAAAGGAAAAAUUGAUGAAAAUUUUGAAAAGGUAUCCGAGAUUAAUUCCUGGUGGCAUAGUGGAAAAGUGUGGGAAGAGGGAAAAGUCCAGGACCUUUUAGUUCGGUUACAGGGGCGAGCUGAAAAUAAUUACUUAUACAUAGAGUAUGGAAUCAAAGAAAAAAUCACAAUACCAAUUACACCCGCUCAUUUAGGUCAACUUAGAAGUGGGAGAAGCAUAGAAAAGGUGUCUUUUUAUCUAGGGUUUUCCAUUGGAGGUCUUCUUGCUUAUGACAUUAAGAUUGUUUAAGACCUUGAGUUUCUCCAUAUAGAGAUGUGGCUUUACUAUC